UGACACCGGUCUCCCAGCCCGAGUAACGGUAGCCGUCUCUUCCGAUCCCUCAAUUGUCUCGGUUUGUUGACGUUUGCUGGAGUACAGCGGUAGUUAGUAACGGGGGUCUGGUCGUUGUUGCAGGCGAGUCGUGUGAGAGUCAUUGAAGCUAGCCGACUAGCUGGCUUCAAUGGGUUUUCGAGUUAAAAGAUGAUCGCCUCACUUUCGAGAGGAAGUUUGCUGGAUGAGGUUCUUCACGGGGGCUUUAAUGAGCAGCAGCUGGUAGCCUAUGUUUCCUGGGUGAACUCUCAGCUGAAGAGGAAGCCAGGCCUGAAGCCUAUUACGGACCUCAGGCAUGAUCUGCAGGAUGGGGUCGUGCUCACGCAACUAAUAGAGAUAGUUGCUGGGGAAGUGCUGGAGGGAGUGCAUGAUGCUCCACAAAACAAAGAGGAAAGCAGAAAGAAUGUGGAGCAAGUUUUGCAGUUCAUUUCCUCCAGACACAUACGGAUGCCACACAUAACCGCAAGAGACAUUGUCGAUGGUAAUCUGAAAUCUGUAAUGAGGAUAAUUCUGGCGCUGGCUGCCCACUUCAAGCCCUCAGCCAACCACAGGGCUGCUUCUGGAAGUGGGAGGGGUUUGGCAAGAGGCUCUGCCAACCACAACCCUCUCUCCGCUGUUGCAUUAGCACAAGGUGCAGCUGCUGCGCUCGCAUCAGCACGACAUGAUGCCUCUCAGCCUGCACAUGCCACCCGUAUUCACAGUGGCUGGGGGUUGGAUGGGGAAAAGAGUGUGUGUGUUCGUGCACUGGUUGAGCAGUAUGAAAGACGAUCUCCGGAUGAGCAGGACAACCCCCAGCCUAGCAGCCUCAGCUCCGUCAGUCCACUGUCACCUCCUAGAGCUGCACCCAGCAGCCACUCAGACAGACAGCAGGAAGGCUACCAACAACAAGAGAUCAGUGCCGAUUCAUCUCAUGUUGCAUCGGAGACGGCGUGGGAGGAUUCUCUCAGUGAAACUUUGGAGAAGGAGGUGCAGGACACACGUAAAAUGGUGUCUGCUUUACAGGCCCUGCUGUUGCAUGGUUCGCUGCCUGAGGAUGAGCAGGAUGUGUCUCUGAGUUUGGACCAAGGCAACACUGAGCAGCAACUGGUAGUCAUUCGCAGUCGUUUAGAUCAGAGUAUGGAGGAGGCUCAGGGGCUGAAGCGGGAACUUUUGCGCUGUAAGCAGGAGAUGAGAAACCUGCAGGGAGUCAAGGACGCCCAGCAGCAGAGGCUGUGCACUCAGGAGGCAUCAAUUCUGCAAAUGAAGCAAGAGCUUCUCAGAGCCAGCAUUACGAAGGACGAACUCAACAACAAGAAUGCAGAGCUGCAAUGGAAGCUGGAGGAAUGUAACAGGCUGUGGGGCGAAUGCAAGAAGGAGAUCGGACAGAAGGACAGACUACUGCAGCAACUAAAACACAAGCUUGAAGAAAGCCAAAAAAAGCAGAGUGAAUUGCAAAGAGAGUUGGAGCAUAAAAACAGCAUGCAGAUUCCUGCCGGCACAGAAAACAAUGGAUUUGCUUACUCUGGAAAUCCAGCUCCCUCUAUGUCAGGCCAGGCAGAGGAAGUCCAGCUGCUCAGAGAUGCACUUAGAAGUUUGAGGAACAACUUCAGAGAUCAUGACCCACAGCACCAUACACUGGACACCCUGGAGCAGGGCAUAGUGUCACUCAUCGACAGACUGCACGUUCUGCAUACACACAGGGGAAGGGGGAAAUCUCCAAGACGCAAAGAUCAACACACAGACUCUGACACCUGGCCUUGUACAAAGGUUUGUCAGUCCCACAGUGGUUCUUCUGCAUCCACUAAAAUCCUUUAUUUUACUGGAAAAUCUCCAACGCCUUCCAUGAUCAAUAUACCGAAAAGGCUGGGUGAGGUGACUCUCAAGGAUGUUAAGGCAGCUGUGGAUCGAGAGGGAAACUACAGGUACCACUUCAAGGCCCUGGACCCUGAGUUUGGCACUGUGAAAGAAGAGGUAUUCUUGGAUGGAGCAAUCAUUCCAGGCUGGGAAGGGAAAAUAGUGGCCUGGGUAGAAGAGGACUGUGGUGAGGAAAGGCCAUUGUAGGUUCAAGCUGAGAGGCCAUAUCUCUUCUUGCUUUUGCUUCUGGUUGCUCUGAUCCCGGAGGCUCAUUCAGACAACUGUUGACAGAGUUACAAGUGGACACUUUUUGAGAUUCAUGUCAGCAAGAGAUUUGGGUUGGUCAGCUGGUACUAAACCACACUGAUAUGUCCUACUCGCUCUGGAAACUGAAACUUAGUAUAUCAUAAAGCUGAAACUGUAGUAUCAAAACUUGACUAGACAGUAACAUUAUUGUAACAUUACUGUUUUUAAAACCAAGUUAGUGUUGUUUCAUCUGUAGUUUACUUCUGGUUUGUAUUGAGGAAUUGGAAAAAGGUCACUUUUAACUGCCCAAUAUCACUUUUCAUUCCAACCAGAUUACGUGUUAGAAAUAUGUACUGUCCAUUGUUCUUUAGCCCCGGUACAUUUCAGUCUUAAUUGUGACUGUGAAGUGAAUAUACAGUAUUAUCUAUCAUAACAAGAAAUAGGAGGUUAGAAAAAAACGUUAAAAAAAUACCACUUUUAUAAUGUUACAAGGAAAAUAAAACCUACUGCUGACAAAUACACUGAGCAGAUACCAGCUUCUAAUACUAUUACUAUGUUUUGUAUUGAUUACAUAUAACAGAUAACAGUGAAAAGAAAGAGGGUGAACAGAAAAGUCUAUUGCAAAAAAAAAAAAAAA